CAAGAAGAAACAGGGCGAUAUUAAGGCGACAGAGAAAGAAACACGACGACAAAGGAAGAGGGAAAACUAGGCGUUUCUUCUCUACUUCUCCAUUCUCAUCUUCAAGCUCCCAACUUCGAAGAAAACUGAAUUCAACAUCUAUAGAAAAAUCUAGGUUUUCACACACUGUCUCUGCAAAUCCAGAUUUAGUGUUAGGGUUUCUUUGUUGAUUUCUCUGCACUUAUUUCCUCGGAAUGACACUCUUCUUUAGCGUUCCCCUUUUGAAUCUUCGCCAAUUGGUUUGAAUCCGGUAAUAACAUCAGUUUUUCGGGUGUUUGUAUUUAUCUGAUCGGGAGAUAGACAGAAGGUUUCGUUUUUGAUGGAUGAGAUUUGGGAGAGAGCGGUGGAGACAGCGUUGAACGAGCAGAAGGAUUACGCUGCAACUCGGACCUUGACGUUAGACGGGUCGGUGAAGGUCGUGCCGGGCAGGCUUCCUCUACUGAGCCUUCUAGAGAAAUUUGAGAACCUUCAGUAUCUGUCAAUGGCUAACAACAGAGUUCCUUCUCUGGAGCAUUUUUCGCGUCUUCGGGAUCUGCAUAAACUCAUCCUCUCUGACAAUCGGAUAGAAUGUAAUAAAAGACAAAGCAUCCCUCUCAGCAAAAGAAAUCCAGGUCAGACGAAGAGUCGGGCAUGAUGAGUGGAACGUUAAGUUUUAACGGAUGGAUGACGUCAUGUUAUACGGAGGGGCUGAUUUGCGACCGUAGAUGAGCUGAGGGGUUCUUUUGCGCGUGAACUGAGUUGAGGGGCUAAUCUGCAGAUUUUGCCUUUAUUUUUCGCUUAAUACGAAAUGGCCGCUUGUUUUUCGCUGUAGUUUGUUCCUUCGAUCUUUGUUUUGCCGUCGUACAAAUCGAUCCUA